AUGAAUAGAUAUAAAAACUUCCAAGUUUCUUGAGUUUUCCAUAAACACAGUCUUCAUUACACCUUGAAAUCUGCGAAAUUGGCAACACCAUUCUUAGUUUAUCCGCAAUAACAAGAUGAAAUUCUGCAAGAAAUACCAGGAAUACAUGCAAACACAAGCUCAGAAGAAAUUACCUGCUGUUGGUUUUAAAAAUCUCAAGAAGAUCUUGAAGCGUUGCCGUACUGACACGAUUCUUUCGCAGAAUUCCCAUCGAUCACAAUCGUCAUCGCCUCACAGCAGUUCCGAUAUUAGCCAUGAUCAUCAUUGCCCUGUGUGCGAUGGAACUUUCUUUCCUUCUCUUCUGAAAGAAAUGUCGGCAGUGGUUGGAUGUUUUAACGAUCGUGCACGGAAACUGCUUGACGUACAUCUAGCAACAGGGUUCCGCAAGUACUUCGCCUGGUGCAGAGAUAGGUUGCAGGGAAACCAUGGAGGUUUAGUUCGAGAAGGCAAAGAUCUCGUUGGUUAUGCAAUUUUCAACGCCAUUGCUAUGCGCAAAAUUCUCAAGAAGUAUGAUAAGAUACAUUACUGUAAGCAGGGGCAAGCGUUCAGGUCACAAGUGCAAAGCAUGCACCUGGAAAUCCUUCAGUCUCCAUGGCUUUGUGAACUGAUCGCGUUCCACAUUAAUUUGAGGGAAACAAACGUGGAUUCGAGAAAGGCGUCUGAAUUAUUCGAGGGAUGCUCUCUUGUAUUCAAUGACGGAAAGCCAUCACUUUCGUGUGAGCUCUCUGAUACCUUCAAACUUGAGAUUGAUUUGACUUGUUCCAUAUGCUUGGAUACGGUGUUCGAUUCGGUGUCUCUUACUUGUGGGCACAUCUUCUGCUACAUGUGUGCUUGCAAGUCGGGAUCAAUAACGAUUGUAGACGGAUUAGAAGCAGCAGACCCGACAUCAAAAUGCCCUCUUUGUCGAGAGGCAGGGGUUUAUGAAGGAGCUCUCCAUUUGGAUGAGCUUAACAUUCUACUAAAAAGAAGAUGUCCUGAAUACUGGGAGGAAAGACUUAAAAACGAACGAGUAGAAAGGAUCCGACAGGCAAAAGAACACUGGGAAUCGCAGUCACGGGCAUUUCUUGGUAUCUAAAUGCAGUAUUUUCCUUGCAAACGCCUAUAAAUAACACUAGCAUCAACAAUCAGCGUGCAGAAAUCUUGUUUCGGUUUGUUUAGACUGUUUUUGCAACGAUUUUUGUAUAUACAAACAUGAUAUAUCUUUAAAUGGAUAGCAUUACGAGGGAGGUUCUGGGGAAAACCCCCAAAAGAAAAGGAAAAACUAAGGAUUACAAGCAAUUGAAGUUGUUCCUUGAUUUUUAUGCACGUGUGUGCAUGUUAUCACAUAUGCAUAGCAGACAAAUUACUUGUAUGCAAAUGUGCAUACAGUCCAGAUGAACGGUUACCAGAGUGUUCUUCAGUUUUUCAUUUUUUUACGGUUUUCCUCUAAACCUGAUCCAUAGCAUUAUUAUUACACUCUAAACCCUAAUGUUCUCCAACGUUAAAAACCCCGACCAAGACUUAUUGGUUCAGCCACCAAUGAAGAAGAAAACCGGGACCAUUCAUUCCAAAAUAACACAA